AUGGGUUGUGCAGACACCAAUCCCAAGGCAGGGCUUGCUCCCCUGUUUGAGGUGCAGCUGGAUUUGGUGAUCCCAGAUUUGGUGUUUCACCCUCCCUUGGACCCUGGCACCAAUGAUGGCUUCUGUGACAAGGUGGAAGGUCUUCUCCAGGGCAUCUACCACAUCUCCUCGCUGGUGCCACGGCUGGCCACGCACAGCGGCUUCUGCCACUACCAGGCUGACCUGGAGGACAUGCCUGACCUGUCUGCGGCGCGCCAGGAGCUGCUGGGCCGCGCCCAGGCCGCGGUGGCCGCGUGCCGCGAGCAUGGCGCGGAGCUGGAGCGCUACUCGCAGCUGUACGGCGAGGACAGGAGGGAGCUGUGCCGCCAGCUCCUGCUCCAUGGCCGUGUCCUCACGCCCGCUGACCUGGAGGCCCACGGUGAGGCCGGGGUCCCCGCGGCGCCGCCGGCGCUGCAGCGGUUCAGGGAGCAGAUCGACUCGUACGAGCGGCUCUACGAGGAGGUGGCUGGCAUGCAGCCUGUCUGCUCCUUCCAGGGCUGGCUGAGGCUCGAUGCACGGCCCUUCAAGGCAGCCUUGCUCAAUGAGAUUAAAAGGUGGAGCUUGGUGUUCAAGCAGCACCUCCUGGACCACGUCACGCGCAGCUUGGCUGAGCUGGAUGAGUUCAUCCGAACUGCCGAGAAAGGUUUGAGCAGAAAGGUGGAGAAAGGUGACUAUGGUGGCUUGGUGGAGGUCAUGGGUCACCUGCUGGCUGUGAAGGAACGUCACAGUGCCACUGAUGCCAUGUUUGAGCCCCUGAAGGAAACCAUUGAGCUGCUGAGGGCCUAUGAGCAGCAGCUGCCUGAGGAAGUCCACCAGCAGCUGGAGGAGCUGCCGGAGAAGUGGAGCCAGGUGAAGAAGCUGGCUCAGGCCGUGAAGCAGCAGGUGGCCCCUCUGCAGGCCAGUGAGGUGACAGCGCUGCGCCAGAGCUGCGCCAGCUUCGACGCCCAGCAGCUGCGGCUCCGCGAGCGCUUCGGGAGGGAGGCUCCCUUCAGGUUUGACACCGAAAAGCCUUAUCAACUGCUGGAUGCAAAGCACAUGGAGAUUAAACAGAUGGAGUCAGCCAUGACCUCAAUUUAUGAAUCAGCUGGUCUGUUUGAAGUCAUGGUGCCAGAGUACAAACAACUGAAGCAGUGCAGGAAGGAGCUGUGUCUUCUCAAAGAGCUCUGGGACAUGAUCUCCCUGGUGAACACCAGCCUUGAUGACUGGCAGACCACCAAGUGGGUGGAUAUCAAUGUGGAGAACAUGGACCUGGAGUGCAAAAAGUUUGCAAGAGAGAUUCGGAACUUGGAUAAGGAAAUGAGGGCGUGGGACGCUUUCAGCGGGCUGGACAGCAAGGUGAAGAACAUGCUGACAGCCCUGAAGGCUGUGGCAGAGCUUCAAAACCCUGCCAUCAGGGAAAGGCACUGGAACCAGCUGAUGCAGGUGACGGGCGUGAGGUUUGUGAUGGACUCGGACACCACCCUGGCUGACCUCCUCAAGCUCAACCUGCACAAAUUUGAGGGGGAGGUCCACGGCAUUGUGGACAAAGCAGUGCGAGAAAUGAGCACGGAGAAGGUGCUGAGGGAGCUGAGGGUGACUUGGAGCUCCAGGGAGUUUCAGUAUGAGCCUCACCCCCGCACCAACAUCCCCCUGCUGAAGUCAGAUGAGGAGCUCAUUGAAACUCUAGAAGACAACCAGGUGCAGCUGCAGAAUUUAAUGUCAUCCAAAUAUAUUGCUUUCUUCCUGGAGGAGGUGUCUGCCUGGCAGAGGAAGCUCUCCACCGCUGACUCCGUCAUCUCCCUCUGGUUCGAGGUGCAGCGCACGUGGUCUCACCUGGAGAGCAUUUUCAUAGGCUCAGAGGACAUCCGGGCACAGCUGCCCCAGGACUCCAAACGUUUUGAAGGCAUUGAUGUGGAUUUUAAAGAACUGGCCUAUGAAGUUCAGAAAACCCCAAACGUGGUUGAAGCCACCAAUAAACCAGGUCUGUCCCAACAGCUGGAGGACAUCCAGAGGAGGUUGUCUCUGUGUGAGAAGGCUUUGGCUGAAUAUUUGGACAUGAAAAGGUUGGCCUUUCCCAGAUUUUACUUCAUUUCUUCUGCAGAUUUACUGGAUAUUCUUUCCAACGGCACCAACCCUCAUCUGGUGCAGCAUCACCUCUCCAAACUCUUUGACAACUUGGCCAAGCUGAAAUUCCAGGUGGACUCUGAGCAGAAGAGCACCAAGGUUGGCCUGGGGAUGUACAGUCGAGAGGAGGAAUAUGUCCAGUUUAGUGAACCCUGUGACUGCAGCGGGCAGGUCGAGGUGUGGCUGAGUCGCCUGCUGGACACCAUGAGGGCCACGGUGAGGGAUGAGAUGAGCGCGGCUGUGGCGGCGUACGAGGACAAGCCGAGGGACCAGUGGCUCUUUGACCACCCUGCCCAGGUGGCUCUUUGCUGCACCCAGAUCUGGUGGACAGCUGAGGUGGGCAUGGCCUUCUCCAGGAUGAAGGAAGGCUAUGAGAAGGCCAUGAAGGAGUACCACAAGAAGCAGGUGGCCCAGCUGAACACGCUGGUGACGAUGCUGCUGGGGCAGCUCUCCAAGGGGGACAGGCAGAAGAUCAUGACCAUCUGCACCAUUGACGUGCACGCACGAGACGUGGUGGCAAAGAUGAUAGCACAGAAGGUGGGCAGUGCCCAGGCCUUCCUGUGGCUGUCGCAGCUGCGGCACCGCUGGGCGGACGAGGAGCGGCACUGCUGGGCCAACAUCUGCGACGCUCAGUUCCUCUACUGCUACGAGUACCUGGGCAACACCCCACGGCUCGUCAUCACCCCCCUGACCGACAGGUGUUACAUCACCCUGACCCAGUCUCUGCACCUGACCAUGAGUGGGGCCCCCGCGGGCCCCGCUGGCACCGGCAAGACAGAGACCACCAAGGACUUGGGCCGUGCCCUGGGCAUCAUGGUGUACGUGUUCAACUGCUCCGAGCAGAUGGACUACAAGUCUUGUGGGAAUAUUUACAAAGGCCUUUCCCAGACAGGAGCCUGGGGCUGUUUUGAUGAAUUUAACAGGAUCUCAGUUGAGGUUCUUUCUGUGGUUGCUGUACAGGUGAAGAGUGUGCAGGAUGCAAUCCGGGAGAAGAAGAAAUCCUUCAAUUUUCUUGGAGAAGAUAUUAACUUAGUCCCCUCAGUGGGGAUUUUCAUCACCAUGAACCCUGGUUAUGCAGGACGAACCGAGCUACCUGAGAAUUUGAAAGCUCUCUUCAGGCCCUGUGCCAUGGUGGUGCCAGACUUUGAGCUGAUCUGUGAGAUUAUGCUGGUGGCCGAGGGCUUCCUCGAGGCCCGGGCCUUAGCCAGGAAGUUCAUCACGCUCUACCAACUCUGCAAGGAGCUCCUGUCCAAGCAGGACCACUACGACUGGGGUCUGCGGGCCAUCAAGUCAGUGCUGGUGGUGGCCGGCUCUCUGAAGCGCGCAGACCCCGAGCGGCCCGAGGAGCAGGUCCUGAUGCGCUCCCUCCGGGACUUUAACAUCCCCAAGAUCGUGGCAGACGAUGUGCCAGUGUUCAUGGGGCUGAUUGGGGACCUGUUCCCUGCGCUGGAUGUGCCUCGGAAGCGUGACCUGGAUUUCGAGGCCGUGGUGAAGGAGGCUGUGCUGGAGCUGCGGCUGCAGCCCGAGGAAAACUUUGUUCUCAAAGUGGUGCAGCUGGAGGAGCUGCUGAGUGUGAGGCACUCUGUGUUCCUGGUGGGUGCUGCAGGCACGGGCAAGUCUCAGGUGCUGAGGUCCCUGCACAGAACCUACCAGAGGAUGAAGCGCCGUCCUGUCUGGACAGACCUCAACCCCAAAGCGGUCACCAACGAUGAGCUAUUCGGCAUCAUCAACCCAGCAACACGAGAGUGGAAGGAUGGACUGUUUUCAUCAAUCAUGAGAGAGCUGGCCAACAUCUCACAUGAUGGUCCCAAGUGGAUGGUACUAGAUGGAGAUAUUGAUCCAAUGUGGAUUGAAUCUCUUAACACUGUGAUGGAUGAUAAUAAGGUGCUGACCCUGGCCAGCAACGAGAGGAUCCCUCUGAACCCCACCAUGAGGCUGCUGUUUGAGAUCAGCCACCUGCGCACGGCCACCCCGGCCACCGUGUCCCGGGCAGGGAUCCUGUACCUCAACCCCUCGGAUCUGGGCUGGAAUCCCCCCGUGAGCAGCUGGAUUGAUGGGCGGGAGGUGCAGUCUGAGAGAGCCAACCUGACCAUUCUGUUUGACAAGUACCUGCCCGUGUGCCUGGACACCCUGAGAGCCAGAUUUAAGAAGAUUAUUCCCAUUCCUGAGCAGAGCAUGGUUCAGAUGCUGUGUUACCUCCUGGAAUGCCUCCUGACGGAGGACAACACACCUCCUGACUGUCCCAAGGAGCUUUAUGAACUUUACUUUGUCUUUGCUGCUGUCUGGGCUUUCGGUGGGUCCAUGUUCCAGGACCAGCUCGUGGACUACAGAGUGGAGUUCAGCAAGUGGUGGGUGACAGAAUUCAAGACCAUCAAGUUUCCCUCUCAGGGCACAGUCUUUGACUUUUAUGUUGAUCCAGAAACAAAGAAGUUUGAGCCUUGGUCUAAACUUCUUCCCCAGUUUGAAUUUGAUCCAGAGGUGCCACUGCAGGCCUGCCUGGUGCCCACGGCCGAGACGAUUCGCCUGCGGUUCCUGGUGGCCAGGCUGCUGCAGCGCCGGCGCCCCGUGCUGCUGGUGGGCGCUGCUGGCACCGGCAAGUCCGUGCUGCUGGGGGACACGCUCUGCUCGCUGGACACCGACCUCUUCCUCGUCAAGAAGGUCCCCUUCAACUACUACACCACCUCUGCCAUGCUGCAAGGUAAGCUCUUCAAACGUGCCAGGGGAGCUCCAGGCUGGAGAUCGGGAAUCUCUCCACAGAAAGGGUGUUUGGGCACUGGAAUGGGCUGCCCAGGGAGGCGGGGGAGUGACCAUCCCUGGAGGUGUUUAAGGAAAGCCUGGAUGUGGCACUGAGUGCUGGCUUUGGCUGAUGAGGAGGUGUUGGGUCACAGCUCACGGUGAUCUCAAAGGUCUUUUCCAACCAGGUUAAUUCUGGGACUCUGUGUGACUCUGUGAUUCUGUGACUGUGUGUGAUUCUAUGUGAUUCAGUGUGAUUUUGUGUGGUUCUGUCCUUCUGUCAUUCUGUGUGAUUCUGUGAUUUAGUGAUUCUGUGUGGUUCUGUGACUCUGUGUGAUUCAGUGAUUCUGUGUCAUUCUGCCAUUAUUUGUGAUUGUGUGACUCCGUGUGAUUCUGUCAUUCUGUGAUUCAGUGGUUCUGUGACAUUCUGUGAUUUAGUGAUUCUGUGUGAUUCUGUGACAU